GACCAGCUGUGUGCCUGCGUCACGUCAGGAAGGAAAGCGUCAUGCUGGAGAGGAAGUCAGCGUUUUGGAGAGCUCCAGGCUCUUCUCUGCGUCCACUCCUUGUUCAGGAGGCAGCACAUCUCCGUCCGAGGGACGCUGCACCUAGUCUUUGACAAUGAAGUUCAACUUGUUCAGAAAGCCGCAGGCCGUGAGCCACCCGGAGCCCACCGGAGCCACCACGGCGACCAUGGCUCCCACCGUCCUCCCGGCUGUCAUCUCCACAUCUCCGCCGGAGAUCUCUGGCUCCAACAACACAGAGAUCAACAAGAAUGACAUGUUUGAGGAGAUCAAGAGCAAAUUCCUGAAUGAAAUCGAUAAAAUCCCAUUGCCGCCGUGGGCUCUGAUUGCCAUCGCUGUGGUGGCUGCAUUGCUCAUCCUCACCUGCUGCUUCUGCAUAAUCAAAAAAAUGCUGCUGAAGAAAAAGAAGAACAAAAAAGGGAAGAAGGGCAAGGAUGGCUUCAACAUGAAGAACAUGCAGGGUGGUGAGAAACUUCAGGAUGACGAAGAUGAUGAUGAGGGUGAGACGGGACUGACGGAGGAGGAGAAAGAGGAAGAGGAGAAAGAGCAGGAGAAACUGGGGAAGCUGCAGUACUCUAUUGAUUAUGACUUUGAGAAUACAAAGCUGACGGUUGGCAUCCUUCAAGCUGCAGACCUCAUCUCCAUGGACUCGGGUGGAACCUCUGAUCCUUACGUGAAAGUCCAGCUCCUGCCCGAGAAGAAGAAGAAGUACGACACCAAAGUCCACAAGAAAACACUGAACCCUGUCUUCAAUGAGACAUUUGUAUUCAAGGUGCCCUAUGAGGAGCUCGGUGGGAAGAUUCUGUGCCUGUCUGUUUACGACUACGAUCGAUUUUCCAAACAUGACGUCAUUGGAGAGGUGAAGAUCCCCAUGAACACCAUCGACCUCGGACGCCCCAUCGAGGAGUGGAAGGAUCUGGAGAGCGCAGAUCAAGAGGAGCCUGAGAAACUCGGAGACAUCUGCAUCUCCCUGCGUUACGUCCCCACCGCCGGGAAACUGACCGUCUGCAUCCUGGAGGCAAAGAACCUGAAGAAGAUGGACGCCUGUGGAUUAUCUGAUCCUUAUGUAAAGAUCCAGCUGCUGCAGGGCGGCAAGCGUCUGAAGAAGAAGAAGACUACAGUGAAGAAGAACACCUUGAACCCUUAUUAUAAUGAAUCCUUCAGCUUUGAAAUCCCUCUGGAGCAGAUGCAGAAAAUCUUGGUGGCGGUCACAGUGUUUGAUUACGACAAGAUCGGUAAGAACGAUGCCAUCGGUAAGAUCUUCGUCGGCAGUAAGGCAACCGGCCUGGGUCUGAAGCAUUGGUCUGACAUGCUGUCUAAUCCUCGCCGCCCCAUUGCCCAGUGGCAUAUGCUGAUGCCAGAGGAAGAUAUCGACGGUCAGCUGGCGUCCUUGGCUGCAAAGAAGUAACGUGCUCCACCAACCAGCUAAUGCACUAUCUCAGAAACACAACCCCUGCCCCUACUUUGCAUGAAACCCCCAUGACUUACUACAUGACAACUCGUCAUGCAACCUGCUCAGCAAAAAAGAGACAUCUUAAGAUAUCCGCUCAUUCAUGGUUAAGUCAACAAAAAAAUAUUUUUUAACAUCACAUUUCACACAUUAGUGUAUGCUGAGAGGAGUGGCGUUGAGUUAUCGGGUGACUGGUUCAUGACUGAUCGACUUUGGGUCUUUCAUUUGAAGAAACUUAGAAACUGAUUCUUAGGGUGCUGACACUGAAUUAGAGUCUUGGUGAGGACAGCGUGGAAAUAAAGCUUUAGUUUAGUUCUUAGAGCAUGCUUUACUUACCUCCCCACUGCUCUGCAUACACCAUGCCCAGUAUUGUAGCUUGCUAUUAAGUGUGCUAUAACUUGCAAUAGAGAGUACUGUAGUAUUGGGUUAUUUCCUGCAUAGAGUCUGUUUAAGUCUAUUUAAUGCAAAAAAGAUUUAGUUAAAGUAUGAAUGAGAUAAAGGUCACUAAAUGCUGCAAUCCAUGUUGCAAUAUAUUUUCAAGAAAAGUCUGAUAGAUCAUUUUAACAGCUCACAUUUCAGAAGGAGAUACAUUCAAUGAACAUAGCAGGGAUGACAUGGUUGUUAAGUGUAAGUUGCUUGUUUUGUCUAUGCAUUACGGUAAAAAAAUGCAUUUCUGUGUCUUCAAAAAAUCUGAUGUAGGACAGGAGAACAAGGGUGCCUUUCCUGACACGAUACACUUUGAGAAAAACACGUAGUUUUAUUUUGAAAGGGGAACUUCUACAGAGUGAAAAACAUCCAUAAGUAGUCAGGGACACUGUGAAUGUGCCAUCUGAAACCUGUAUUGAGCUGUGUUGACCACUUGGAUGUAAAACCUUACCUGUCUGUGGACUAAGUGAGGAUACUAGAAGGCUAACCAAUGACGCUCUGACUAUGCUUCUUUUGAAUCCUGCUGUCGCUUCCUGAAAACAGUGCCAUCUAACACCGUUUUGUUUUGAUAUCAUUAAACAGAUUAAACGUCUCUUCCUUUCGGA